CUCUUACAAAUCCGAGUUUCAAACGCCUCUCUUUCUCCUUAACCUCAUUUACCCAUUAACUAACUUCAUUUCCUGUCCCAAAAUGGAGUCUGUUGCCUCCAGUUCAACCCCUCCUCGUGAUCAACAAGAUCCCCGUUCCCAGCCCCGCUUCAGAAUCACCCAACCCGUCACAGACCGUAUAGGCCGAGCUCUCCGCCAUCAGCUCCGCCUCCUCCACCGAUCUGAUUCUCUCUUUUUCAUCUUGGGUGCCACUGGAAAUGUUUACACCGUUAACUUAUCCUCCGCUCCGUCAUGCACAUGCCCAGAUCGCAUUACCCCAUGCAAACACAUUUUAUUUGUGUUUAUCCGCGUUCUGGGUGUUUCUAUUGAUGACACGUGUCUCCGGAGGAAGACUCUCCGUCCCUGCAAGCUCAACCGUUUACUUGCCACGCCCACAUUGCCGGAAGCAUUGGCGGGGGCUGGCCUUCGCCAUAGAUUUCAUCAGCUGUUCUUUCGAGCAAGGAAUGAAAAUAGUUCAGAAGGAUUAAUUGAAAUAAAAGAUACAAGUACGUGUCCUAUAUGUCUUGAAGAGAUGGGUAAGGAAGAGAGAGUGGUGACUUGUGGGACGUGUAGGAACUUGAUUCAUGAAGAAUGCUGGAUGAGGUGGAAGAGAAGUAGGGGGAGGAGAUCGGCUAGUUGUGUGAUUUGCCGUUCAAGGUGGAGGGGUAGGAGUGAUCAAGAGCAAUAUCUGAAUUUGGCACCUUAUUUUAGCGAGGAGGAUGAAAAUGCGGCGGAGACGAGCGGCCGUCUCUGCGGUGGUUAGCAAGUUAGCUGGAUACGCAUGUAAAAAUCAUAUAAAUU